CCAAGAUUGUGGAGUCCGAAACGCGUAGACAUCGUGGAUCUUGUAUGAGAUUUGUGUUUGGAUAAUAUUUUUUUUUAUUGUUAUUAAUAAAGCUAUAAGAUUUUAUGAGAAGCUGGACCACAAGUUUUUUCUUUGGAUUACGUUUGUAUACAGUCAAGUCCGGACGGGGCCAGAGCUUCUGUGAAGGCAGCAAAGGAGGCAUCAUGAUAAGAAGACUAAACACUUGGAAAAUCUUUAAAUCAGGUCUUCUAAGUGUGAUAUGUUUCGCAUUGUUUUACAUGUUUGAUGGACUCAACAUCAUGUUGGACACAUGGAACCAGUUCCAACAUCAUGUCCAUCUUCAUUCCUUCACAAGUCAUAUCAUUAUCCUGAACUCUUCACCCUCUGCCACAAAUCACUUGCGAGUAUAUCCUUAUCCACAUCCUUACAGGUUUCUAAUUAACCAACCCAGAAAAUGUCUGACACGGAAUCCAUUCCUACUUCUCCUGGUGAUCGGAGAGAGUCAGGAUGUGAAAGCUAGAGACACCAUACGGAUGACUUGGGGAAAUGUAAGCAACUAUAGAGAUGUUGACGUUAUGAUGCUCUUCUUGGUUGGCAUCUCUCCUGUUAUGACUGGGGCCAUACAGAGGCUCCUUGAAGAGGAAAGUACCAUUUAUGAGGACAUUGUUCAACAGGACUUCCUGGAUACCUAUCAAAAUCUAACUCUGAAAACUUUAAUGGGUAUGGAGUGGGUGACAGAUUUCUGCCCUAAUGCCUCCUAUGUGAUGAAGGUGGACAAUGAUGUCUUUCUCAAUGUCAACUAUUUGGUCCACCAACUUCUCCAUCCAGACCUUUCACCUCGUACUAAUUAUGUAACUGGGUAUAUUCUAUGCCAUACAGGGCCUGUACGGGACAAAGAAAGCCAAUGGUACAUAUCUGAGGAAGUUUACCCUGGGGACACAUACCCACCAUACCCUUUAGGGGCAGCAUACGUGUUCUCAGGAGAUAUGGCCCAAAAGAUCUAUAAAGUAGCUCAAGAAAUCAGAGUCUUUGGCAUCGAAGAUGCUUUUAUUGGCAUUUGUUUGUACAAACUGAAUAUUUUACCCACAAACACACCAAGAAAUAUGUUUAAUGGUCGCAAGAUCGAUUUUCAUCCCUAUACGUUUUGUAAUCUGGUCAUGGUUCACAAUUAUAAGGAUAAUGACUUGAAAAAAGUUUGGCAACAGUUGUGGAGAAAGGGGGUGUUUGUGUGUUAAUUGGGACAGAACACGUAGGUUGUAAUUAUCUCCAUAAGGGAUAUGCAUGAUUGGUAGGUGUGGGCUGAACAGAUUAUUUGGCUUGGCUGCAUGGGCAUGAUGCUUUUAUACAGAGAGAGAAGCAGCUAUUCUACCUCCAUGAUGCCAAUUAUCCCAAAGAACUGAGCACAUGAUAACCUUUCCGAACUUUGUUUUAGAUCCAUUAUUGGUGGAUCCGGAUGAAAUCAGGGCAUUAGAGCACAUGGAUGUUAUCAAUAAGCAUCCUCUGCUUGGGAACCCUUUCAAGAGCCAUAACAAAGAAAAUCCCCACUGCAAAUGCAUUACCAGCUACA